AUGACCAGUUUAAAGGGCAAGGUCAUCGCCAUCACCGGCGCGGCGUCGGGCAUCGGCCUCGCGACGGCGCAACACAUUGCCUCGCUCGGGGCGCGGGUGUCGAUCUCGGACGUCAACGAGGAGCUCCUCUCCUCCGCCGCGGCGGAGCUCACGGGCCUCCACGGCGCGGAGAACGUGCUUUUCAAGGUUGUCGACGUGAGGGACCGCAAAGCCGUCGAGGCGUGGAUUGCCGAGACGGUAGAGAAGCUCGGCCCACUCGAUGGCGCGGCUAACGUCGCCGGCGUCCUCGGACGGCAGGGCAACAUUGCUAACGUGACCGAGAUUGAGGACGACGAGUGGGACUUUGUGAUGGGCGUCAACGCGAGGGGCGUUUUGAAUGCCAUGAGGGCCGAGAUCCCUGCGUUGAAGGACGGCGGGAAGGGGAAGAGCAUUGUGAAUGUUUCGUCAGUGGCCGGGCACUACGGUUUGGAGUUCCACGGGGCCUAUACUGCGAGCAAGCACGCCGUCGUGGGUCUGACCAAGAGCGCGUCAAGGGAGUUCGGCCGGAAGGGAGUGAGGAUCAACGCCAUCUGCCCCGGUGCCAUCGAUACGCCAAUUUUGAGAAAAGCAUUGGAGACCGCGGAGACGGGGGCUGAUGUCUUCCCGCCGCUCUUGGGAAGGGUUGGCGAGCCCAUGGAGGUUGCGACGGCGAUUGCGUUCUUGCUCAGCGACGACGCGUCGUACGUGACGGGCCAAGCUUGGUUGGUUGACGGGGGGUCGUUGCCGUAG